AUGCGAGAUGACUGUCACGUCAGUUCCCUCGAGCUCUAUCUUGGCAGUACCGAUUGGCAAGACGAAAUCUGGAGAGGCGGCCUCCUCAGAAAUUGGGAACGAUUCACCGUAAAGCAACUCGUUCUCCAAGAACACAACUGGGUUUGGGUCUCUAAUAGCGGCCUUCAUGAGUCCUUUAUGGUCCUCGGCGGAAAAUGGGGAAAUCACCUUCAAACCUGGGAUCGAACCGUACCAUGCAGAGUAGUCUUGAGAGUGCUGGGCAGCAACACCGGCAGCUGCACCAUUUGGACCUCUGAAGGUGAUGUUACAAGGCUGCUUACCACCCGACAUGUAGUAGGUCUUGGCUGCCGAGUUGAUGAUCUGGUCAAUCGACUGCAUGGCAAAGUUGAAAGUCAUGAACUCACAAAUUGGCUUGAGACCGGACAAAGCGGCACCGACACAGAGACCGGUGAAACCCAUCUCGGUAAUUGGAGUGUCGACAAUUCUCUUUGGUCCGAACUUGUCAAGCAAUCCUCUCGAGAUUUUAUAGGCACCGUUAUAUUGAGCAACUUCCUCACCCAUUAA